CGGGAUGUCAUUCUUUUAAAUUUUGUCGAAUACACGUGUUUGGUCGUCUCGCGUCUCGCUACAUAAAACCCUCAGAAGAAAAAAACACCAAUUAAAUUAGUAAAAAGUAUUAAAUAUAUAUCAAUAAAGAUGGCAGUUGAUAGCCAGCUAAUAGAUGCGAUUGUGCACGAAUAUUUACAGAAAAAAGACAAGAAUUUGGCCCAAGUUUUUCAACAUAAAACUAAAGCGGCUGCAUUAGGAAAAGGAUCUCCCAAAUUGGAAGAUAUUUUGAAAUACUAUCAACAGAAUAGUGAAACAAAAAUACCCAAUGUGAAAAAGGCAAAUGACUCCUCAGACGAUAGCAGCGAUGAAUCCGAGGAAGAGACUCCCAAGAAAACUACUGCUCCCGUUGUGAACAAUAAAGUAACUGCAGCAGCAAAGAAAGCAGCUUCCAGCUCUGAAGAUUCCUCAGAUGAUAGCAGCGAAGAUGAAAAGAAACCUGCUGCAAAGCCAGUUGCUGCUGCUACACCUAAAGUAAAUGGUGUUGCCAAAAAAGCAGAAUCUUCAGAUGAUUCAUCGGAUGACAGCGAAGAUGAAAAGCCAGCGGCCAAGCCAUUGGCUAAGGCUGCCCCCGCAAAGCCAGUAGCUAAAAAAGCUGAAUCUGAAGACUCUUCUGAGGAUAGUAGCAGCGAAGACGAGAAACCAGCGACAAAACCAGCUGCUAAGCCAACGCCUGCUAAGGCUGUUGUUAAAAAGGCUGAUUCCUCGGACGAUUCUUCAGAUGAUAGCAGUGAAGAUGAAAAACCUGCUGCUAAAGCCACGCCUGCUAAACCAGCAGCUAAAGCCACACCGGCCAAACCCGUUGCAAAAAAAGCCGAAUCCUCUGAUGACUCCUCUGACGAUAGCAGCGAAGAUGAGAAACCAGCAGCUAAAGCUGUACCAGCUGCUAAAGCUACUCCAGCAAAACCAGCCGCAAAGAAGGCCGAGUCUUCGGAUGAUUCUUCAGAAGAUAGCAGUGAAGAUGAAAAACCAGCUGCUAAGCCCACCGCUGUUAAAGCAACUCCAGCCAAGCCAGCUGCCAAAAAGGCAGAUUCUUCUGAUGAUUCUUCAGACGACAGUAGCGAGGAUGAAAAACCAGCUGCCAAACCAGUUGCAGCUAAACCAACUCCUGCUAAACCUGUAGCUAAGAAAGCAGAAUCUUCAGAUGAUUCUUCGGAUGAUAGUAGUGAAGAUGAAAAACCAGCUGCUAAAGCCAAGGCUGCCCCAGCCAAGCCUGCUCCAGCCAAGCCUGCUCCUAAAAAAGCCGAUUCUAGCAGCAGUGAAGAUAGUUCGGACGAGGAGGAAGAAGUAAAACCGAAAGCUGCAGCACCUGCAGCUGCUAAAAAGCCUGUGGUAGCCGCCAAGAAGGAUUCGAGCAGUGAAGAAUCCUCAAGUGAUGAAGAUGAAAAACCAGCAGUCAAACCCGUUGUAAAUAAAACACCUGUCGCAGCAAAAAAGAAGGCUGACAGUAGCAGCUCUGAAGAUUCGUCUGAUGAUGAAGAACCUGCCGCAAAGAAACCAGCUUUGUCUGCUAAACCAGCUGCAGCUGCCAAAAAAGCAGCAGCUUCUUCCAGCUCCGAAGAUUCUUCAUCCGAAGAAGAAGAAGAAGCGAAACCUGCAACUAAACCAGGUGCCAAACCUGUUGCCAAAAAGGCCGAUUCAAGUUCAGAAGACUCAGAUGAUUCUGAGGAUGAACCACCAGCCAAAAAAGCAAAUGUAGUUAAGACUACACCAGCUAAGGCAGCGAAACAAUCUUCCUCGGAAGAUAGCAGUUCCUCUGAAGAAGACGAAGAUACUAAAAAGCCUGCCGUUGCUACGCCUGUUAAAAAAUCCGCUACCCCUGCAAAGAAGGCUGCUGAGGACAGUGAUGAUGAUAGCUCCAGCGAAGAAGAAGAGGAAGAAAAGCCAGCCGCUGCUGAAACUCCCUUGGCUAAACCCGGACAAAAGAGAAAAUUCAGCGAAACAAAUGGCAACGCUGAAAAGAAGGAUAACAAAUACAGUAAUUUUGUUAAAGGAGGAUUCAAUAAUUCCAAAGGAUUUGCAUCAACACCGGCCAAUGGCAAAUUCAAUAAUAACAACAAAAAUCAGAAAACACCACAAUCGGAUGGUCCCAAGAAAAAUGAACCAUUCAGAAGGGAUGAAGAAAAUGCUGGUGAUGGUAAUGGCGGAAAAGCUAAUGGCGGCUUUAAGAAAUUUGGUGAUCGCAAGUCGUUUGGUGGCUUUGAAAAUGGUAAAGGAGGACGUGGUGGUGGUGGCCGCGGCGGCGGCUUUGGUGACAAGGGUGGCCGAGGAGGCGGUGGUCGUGGUGGUGGACGUGGUGGUUUUGGCGAUAAGGGCGGCCGAGGAGGAUUUGGUGGCCGUGGCGGCGGACGUGGUGGUUUCGGUGACAAAGGUGGUCGAGGAGGUGGCGGCCGGGGAGGUGGACGUGGUGGUUUUGGAGGAGCAAACAAACCAUUCAACAAAUCCUUCGAUAGUUCAGCGACGCCGAACAAAAAGAUCACCUUUGAUGAUUAAAUUAAUUUCACCUUUCACGCACCCACCUACCCAAUUUUAGUUAUUUAAGUUUUGUUUUAGUCAACACCCUAAGCCAACCCUUUGAAUCCAUUUCCUUAAAUCCAACAGACAACCAAUGCAUCUGUAUUUCAUGUUGCCUUCGCUCAUAUUGUAGUUUUUUUUUUUUUUGUAAAUCCAAAUCAAUUCUAAAUCCUUAAUAUUUACAGAAAAAUGCUGCUGGCUCUUGGGGCGACAAAGCCAAUCGUGACUUAAAGUUUACACGCGGUAAAAGUUUCAAGCACGAAAAAACAAAGAAGAAGCGUGGUAGUUAUCGUGGAGGACAAAUUGAUAUGGGAGUCAAUUCCAUUAAAUUUGAGUAGAGCAUUGUUGAGUUGAAAAUUAGCAGAGUUAUGUUUUAAUAUCCUCUACAAA